GACUUUUGCAGCAGGUCCUUUCUGCUGUCUGUCAAAAGGUGCUGCUCACAUUGUACAAGAUGAUGAUGAAGAUGCACGUUGUCAGGUGGACUUUCCUUUUUGCCCUGUGCUUCACUUGUGUGUCUUCAAAUGAAUCCUGUGAGCAUUUAGGAGGAAUCGUUGAAGAGUACAGACUAGGGGCUCUAGUUGGGUCAUCUUUGCUUCUACCAUGCAACAUUCAAAAAAGCAGCCUCAAAACGGUGACGUGGAACUACAAUGGCGCAGGGCAAUUGCUCAAUCUGUCAUCUGAAGGGCACGUUACAUUCCUGGACCCCAGAAAUGGCCGAGUGAAAGUCUAUCCAAACCAGGGCUCAGAGGGGAACUACUCUAUCAGAAUUGAUGCUCUUGAAAAGGCUGAUGUAGGAUUUUAUCACUGUAUACAGGGGGGGGAAUGUGUUCAAGUGGUGCUGUAUGAAAUAGGUACACAAAAAAUCCCGUGGCUGGUGAUUUACAUCUGCACUGGUGUGACUGCUCUAUUUGUGCUGGGUAUCGGUGGCUACUACAGCUACCAAAAAUGUAAAGAUAUCCAUAACAACAAAAGCAACAGCGAAGUAGAGAAGAGUACGGUCAUUCCCAGUAGUGCAGCUGCUCCGGGUCCCAGUGCCCCACCUGUGACAACAAUCAACAUACCAGUAGGUGUGCAUGUACAUGUACCACAGGCAGUAGGAGCCUACCCUCAUGAUCUUGUUUAUGAAAAUGAUGACCAGUUCCCAACCAGUGCUGACCCCAACAGAAGUAAUCCACACAGAGCUGUGCAGUAUCUGGACAGGACCCAGCCUCAACAGCCCGGUCAAAGCAGCGGUGGAAUUUAUCCAAACUUGGAUCAGUUUCGCUUUGAAAGGGUGGAAAGUCAGAGAACCAAACAUAGAUUUCAUUUAGACCUUUUCAGCAGAUUACGGCCAGCAAGUUUCAGUCAGCAUUAUUAUGUAAACCAACAUGAUCUCCGAAAGCAACACGCCAAGUCAAAGCAGGCGGAGAAUCAAAAGAGAGCAGACCGCGAGAAGAAGAAAAACAAAGACAACUGUGAAUACAAAAACCCGAUUUACAACAUGAGCACCGAACAGCUCAGCCAGCUGUAGAGAAUGAAGGGCACGAAUGAAGGAGUUUAAAACUCAUUUGAGAAUGAGGGCUACGAAUUCUUUUCUAUUUUACUCCUUUAAGGUGAUCCAUGUCUUCUUGUAUUUGUUUGUAUUGUAUGUGUGCUGCAUUCCACUAUUCUCUUAAAUGCUGUUAGAAUAAAGUUCAUCAGUGUUUUCACAUAUAAACUGAUUGCAUGAUGAUGAUACUAAAAAUGGCUUCUAUUGAUAUGUUUACCAUUAUGUACAGAGUCGUGUGACUGUAGACGUGUGUGCUGUUUAAACUUACAGAUUGUUGUUGUAUUGAGCCUGUGUGUAUGACAUUGAAAUAAGACUUUUUUUAAAUAAAAAUGGUUUUAUGGUC